GACAUCAGCAAAUAUUAACUGCUCCGGGAUCCAAGAAACCAAGAAGAAAACUAGGUCAAAUCUGCAAGGCACUCACACUCCAGAUCCAUCGUCCAAGCCAGCCUCAGAUUCCUUCCCAGUUCCCACCGCUCUAAGCUUCAAUCCCAGCUACACGAAGCUGGCCAUGUCGUCGGCCUCCGGCGCCGGCGGUCGGCGCAUCACCAUCAGAUCCAUCUCCUGCCGCGGCGUUAAGUCCUUCAUCCCCUUCCAGAAGCCACCGCUCUAUGCCGUGGUUUCCCUCGUCGGCCGCAGGGAGAAGACGCGGCCCGACCCCGACGGCGGCGAGAACCCGGAUUGGGACGGCGCGGUGUUCGCGUUCGACCUCGACGGAGAUGGGCAGCAGCAGCUAGUGGAGUUCGAGGUGAAGGCGCAGGUGUCGCUCCUCGGCAACAAGCUCGUCGGCACGGCCGGCGUGCCGAUCGCGGGCCUGGCAGCAGGUGGAGGAGCUGGAGACGGCGCGGCGCUACGGCACGUCAGCUACCAGGUGAGCGCCCCCGACGGCAAGCCGAACGGCACUAUCAGCUUCGCCUACUCCAUCACCGGCGGCGCCGGCGGCGUGCGUCCGCAGCCGCAUCUCUACCCGGUCCCGGACGGCGCGCGACCCGAGCAAGUUCCGAGCUUUUGCUGCGCGCCUCCGCCGCCGCCUCCGCCGAGUGCACCUUAUCUAUCUCCAGCGACGGCAAACUUUGCGUCACACAGAGGCGGCUAUCCGCAGCCACCGCCGCCGUGGGCACCAGUGUCCGCUUCUCUCUACCCGCCGCUGCACGACUUGCUGCCGCCGAGCAGCUACCCUCCUGCUCCUCCUCCGCUGCCGCCGCAACCUAUGAUGACGAAUCCACAGUUUGCGGCGCCAAAUAGCAGCAACUACCCACCGCCGAAGGCGCCUAUUACAUCAUACCCGCCGGCAACGGUGUCAUGCACAGCCUGUCCGGCACCUCCGGCACACUACAUCACCAGCUACCCGCCACAGCCACCACCACUCACCAACUACCCGCCGCCACCGCCCAGCGGCUACCCACCGCCGGCGUUCAAUUUGGCCCCUCCGACCAGCACCUACCCGCCGCCGCCGGAGUCCGGCUCAGCCUACCAACCAUUUCCAAGAUCGGCGCCAUCGCCGCUGCCAAGUACAGUGGACCGUGCAGUGCCGUACUACCCGGCGCAGCAGCCUUCCGGUGGCUCUUACUACCCUCCACCGGGGACACGGCACCCCGAGCUCGACGGCGCGGCAAGGACGCCGUACUACUACCCACCGCCGGGGACUCGAUACCCGUAGGAAGAAUUCGGCGGAUCAAUCUGCAGUCUUGUGAACUGUGACGGCGAUGUUGCCAAGAUUGCUGCGCCGUUUCGUGCCAUGGCCCAUGGCCAUGGUGUGCUGGUUGUGAUCAAGCGAACUUCCCUCGUGCGAUGUCGGAAUGCAGCGGCGGAUGCAGGCAACAACUGUUCGGGUCAACUAACCGCACAUUUUUCUUUUUCGGACUCGUUUUUCCUUCUUUCAAAGAAGCCUGAAUGAUAUAGAUAUUUGUGCAUUAUUCCGUGAAUUUGGUCACAGUUG